CACCAGCCAUACACCGAAACCACGAGAAGAAACAGUUGAAGAACUUCAGGAAUAAGGAGGAACAAGGACGCUAAUAACAAAUUCGUGCCGAGUCAAGAAAGCAAAACAUCCAGUGCCUGGUCCACCUCGUUCUCAGCCCAUCAGUUCUGUAAGGGUCUAGGCCUCACAUCGCCGAUAAACGCAGUACAAUCGCUAGCCCUACGCAACAGCUGCGCCUACCCGUCAAGUCGAAUGCACACAAGAUUUCUUUUGAAGGUUGAGAAUUCCCCUGUGCGACGUCCACAGGAACACAAAGUUUCGGAUUGUAUUUUGCACCCAACGUCAACAUCGAGGACUGGCACAGAUCAUGGCGGGGAAGAUGACCUUGUAUAAGCUGGUGGUGCUAGGAGAUGGUGGUGUUGGGAAGACAGCUCUUACAAUCCAGUUAUGUCUCAAUCACUUCGUCGAGACCUACGAUCCCACCAUAGAAGACUCGUAUCGAAAGCAAGUCGUAAUAGAUCAAAAUGCAUGCAUGCUGGAGGUUCUGGACACUGCAGGACAAGAAGAAUAUACAGCUCUUCGUGAUCAGUGGAUCCGAGACGGCGAAGGCUUCAUUUUGGUCUACAGUAUAACGUCAAGAAACUCCUUUAACAGGAUAAGAAAGUUCCAGUCACAAGUGCAACGGGUGAAGGAGUCAGGACAUCCGAGUUCACCAACAGGGUCAACCUACCUACCCACGCAAAUGAACGGGGCGCCAAUCUACACCGGGCCUGUUCCAAUAAUGUUGGUUGGGAACAAAAGUGACAAGCAGCAUCAGAGGGAGGUUUCAUCUCAAGAGGGCCAGGCACUUGCAAAAGAACUCGGCUGUGACUUUGUCGAGGCAUCUGCCAAAAAUUGUAUCAAUGUUGAGAAGGCAUUCUACGAUGUGGUCCGACAACUACGACGACAACGACAAUCACCCAUGAAACAGCCUGAUCGCAAAGGCACCCCCAACUACGGGCCUUCGCAAGCUGCCCGGAACAAUUAUGACUCGGAACAUCCACGCAUUUACCGCGAACAGGGUAAAAAAAGAAGUGCAAAAUGUGUUAUUUUAUGAUUACGACUCAGCCAACGAACCUUGGAAAAGUUGGCUUUACGAUGAAUGAUGAUGUCGAGAUGAUGAUUAGCGCAAGCGACAACUCCAGCGUUUUCAGCAGUGGUUUGCGGAAAUCUGGAUUCUUUGAUAUCCCCGGGCUUCACUAAUU